AUGUCAGAGUAUAAAAUUGAGUACUCGCCUUCCAGCCGUGCAGCAUGCAGAGGCCCCAAGCCAUGUUACGGCACCAAGAUUGAAAAGGGAAGCCUCAGAUUUGGUGAGCUAUCAGAGAAUGUGUUCGACGAAGACCACCCGGUCUGGAAAUGGCGGCAUUGGGGAUGCAUGACUCCAUAUCUUUUGAGACAAUUGAAGAAAUAUCCUAGAGGGGUUCACGGUCUCUCAGGCUUUCAGCUCCUCCGGGUCGAAGAUCAGCAAAGAGUUGUUUCUGCUGUCGAACGUGGUCAAGUGGAUAUGGCCGAUAUCCCUGCCUCUGCUCGCACCUUUGACCCCAACUUGCUCCCUACCACGCCUGCCGCAGCGGUCGCUAGUUCAAGCCAAGCAAGCGCAAGCUCAAAUGCUGCCGGCAAGAAGCGCAAACGUGUCGAACCACCACCGUCUAGUCAGGCUUCGACUACAUCUCGUCGUUCGGAUAUUAUCGAGUUGAGCGACAGUGAUGAUGAUGUCGAGGUGGUGCAUAUGAAAAAGAGACAGAAUAUUGGACCGUCUGUUACUCAAAAUUUGACGGUGGCUGGUCAGUCUACGGAGGUCAUCGAUCUCAGCGACAGCGACAAUGACGAAGAUGCCGGACAAGACGAAGUCUAUACUCAUUUUGCGUCGUCUGUUGUUGGGAUCAAAUACUAUAGCGGCCUCGUCGGCAUCGGCGAACAGGUCAAACUUAUCAGACAGCCAGAGAAUGCAUAUGAUCGCAAUGCAAUUUCAGUCAAAAAUAUAUCCGGUGUACAAGUCGGUCAUAUUCCGAAGGAUGUUGCUAUGCGUUUGUCUCCACUUAUCGACAGGGGCUUGAUCACCAUUGAGGGCACAAUGACCUCUGGAAAUCUCUAUGGCAAAGCUGGUUGGAAACUCGAUAUUGAUAUUGCCAUCAUCGGCCCUAGCGACCCUCAGCGACGAAAAGCUUUGGAAGCAAGCUUGAUUUGGGCAACUCCUGGACAAUGUGGUUUUGAAGCCAUGAAAUCCCAGACCAACGUCGCGGGUACCUCUGUUUCAGCCAAGAAGGCUCGAGCCGGUCAAGCAAAUAGCGCGGGCCUUGGAUCUAUUGAUGCCGCCAAAGCUGUCCAGCUGCGCAACAUCAUGGAGAACAUGAGCAGACUUGAUGAUGUAUCACGGCGUGAUACGAUGCUCAAUUCGCUUUGUGGUGACGACGUCCUGGAGCUUCCUGAGUACCCAUCACCCCCUUCACGUGCUUCCGGAGUCCUCAAAAAUGAUCUCCUCAAGCAUCAGACUUAUUACUACAAUAUCGCAACCAGAACUCCUCAGGAAACUGCACCAGCCCUUGGUCGGGGAGGUAUCCUUGCCGACGACAUGGGACUCGGAAAGACUCUGACUUUACUGAGCUUGGUCGCGGCUACUAAAAAGGAUCGAACUGCUUCACCAUUCUGCAAUGCCACACUCAUUAUUGUGCCUCUUUCCGUACUUUCCAACUGGGAGACGCAAAUUGUAGAACAUUUCACAGAGGACAGCGACAUCAAGUUUCACGUCUACUACGGUAAUGGCCGGAACGUGAAGCCAUCAUUCCUCGAGGCACAAGAUAUUAUUAUCACAACCUAUCAAUGCGUCGUUGCGGAUAUGCCUCCUGCGAAAAUGAUCAAGGGUGUAGACGGAACCGAAACCAUUCAAGUGAACAAGGCCAAGUCUGGCCUUUUUGCUGUAAAUUGGAAGCGCAUUUGCCUUGAUGAAGGACACACGAUACGCAACCCAAAAACAAAGAUGGCUCAGGCAUGCUAUGCCCUUUCCGCAGAGCGUCGAUGGGUCGUAUCUGGAACCCCGAUUAUCAAUAAUCCUUCUGAUUUGGGCUCUCUGCUGCGCUUUUUGCGUAUUUGUAGCCCUCUCGACAAACCAGAGUUUUUCAAGCGACUAUUGUCGAGGCCACUCUCAAAGCGAGACCCAUACGCCGCCGACUUACUCAAGGCCUUGAUGAGCUCUUGCUGCAUUCGAAGAACCAAGGAAAUGCAAGACAAAAACGGCAAGGCCUUGGUGCCCCUUCCACCAGUCACGUUCAAUGUCAUACCUGUGAAACUGGACGAAAAGACGAGAGAGUUUUAUGAUACGGUCGAAGAAGAAUCGCGAGCGUUGAUUCAGGACUACCUCGCAAGAGGAGCAAACAGAGAAGAUAUGCCAACAGGUGUAAAUGUACUAAGUAUGCUUACGAGACUUCGCCAAAUCGCAUUGGAUCGCAGCCUCGUCCCGACGCGAUAUCUCGAGGAUCUUCGCGCCGCUGCGAAGGCACACCAGCACUCGGUAGCCGCACCUGCCGCAUCCAACAUCAGUCCAGAGGAAAAAUCUAGACUUCAGGAUCUUCUUGCGCAGGCUAUCAAGGACUGUGAAGAGUGUCCAAUUUGUUUCGAGGCCCUGACCGACCCUCGUAUCACAACAUGUGCGCAUCGAUUCUGCUUGGAGUGCAUCACUAUCAACCGCCAGCAGAAAUGUCCUUUGGAUCGUCGUCAACUGCGAGUCGAGGAUCUCAUAGAGCCUCGGCCACCACAAGAAGACGAAGAACAAGGCGACGAUGAGUCUGAAGACCACCUAGGCAUAGAAGAAAUAGCUCCUUCCGCAAAGGUCCAACAGCUUAUUCAAAUUCUUCGAGUUCUUCCCUCCGAUUCCAAGUCGCUCGUCUUUUCUCAAUUUACGUCUUUCUUGGACAUUAUUGGUAUACAGCUUCGUAAAGAAGCAUCCCUUACCAAACGCAAGGCCGUGUUGGAACAGUUUUCGGAGCCAAUUUACACAGAAUUUGACGAUCAGGAGACCGAACCGGAAACCGAAGAUGAAGAUGCAUAUCGAGAGUAUAUAGAGAGAAAGAGGCAGAGACGAAAGGGGAAAGCGCGAGCUGUCUCGCGAUUCAUUGAAAGCGGACAGGCGAAGAACCCUGUGGUCAUGCUCAUCUCCCUCAAGAGCGGUGCACUUGGUCUCAAUUGCACAGUCGCAAACAAUGUGUUUUUAAUGGAUCCAUUUUGGCACGAUGCAAUCGAAUCUCAGGCUAUUGAUCGUGUCAAUCGUCUUGGGCAGAAAAAGGAGGUAUUUGUAUAUCAGAUGGUAGCUGAGGAUACCAUCGAGGCGAAGGUGCUCUCGAUUCAAGAGCGUAAAAAGGAGCUUGUUCGUCAGGCAUUCUCAGGAACUAAGACUCACCAGACUCAGCGGGAGAAGAAGGAAGCCAGACUACAAGAACUAAUUGAACUUUUUGGUCGGAGAGAGUAG